AUGGAAGAACAAAGAGAAGAGUUCCGUCCGGCGAAGAACAAGAUUGACAUAAAGAGUUUGGACGCUCAGCUACAGAGGCAUCUUGAUAGAGUUUGUGAGAUAGAGGAGAAGAAGAAGAAGAAUGAGCAAGAGAAAUACAGAGUUAGAGCGCGAGUUGGAGCCUCGGAAAUACAAGAGAUAGAAGAAUGGGAAAUCGAUCCGGAAAAACUGGUUAUUAAAGGGGCCUUUGCUCAUGGCACGUUUGCUUCUGUUCAUAGAGGUCUUUACAAUAACCAACCGAUUGCAGUUAAAGUGUUAGAUUGGGGAGAAGAGGGUGAGAGAGCAAAAGCUUUGCAAAGAGAUUUUUACCGCGAGGUUUCUGUUUGGUACAAGCUUGAACAUCCCAAUGUUACUAAGUGCAUUGGAGCUACAACAAUGACUACUUCAAAACUAAUACAACAAAGUAAAAAGGAGUUGAGUAGUAAUUCUGCUUGUGUGAUUACCGAGUAUCUUUGUGGAGGUACUCUCAAGUCUCACCUCAAAAAGUUUCGCGAAAAGAAGCUGCCUAUGGAGGAUGUCUUGCAACUAGCAUUGGAUCUUGCAAGAGGAUUAAGCUAUUUGCACUCGAAGAACAUUGUUCACAGAGAUGUUAAAUCAGAAAAUUUGCUUCUUGAUAACAAUCAGAUAGUAAAGAUAGCAGAUUUUGGUGUCGCUCGUCUUGAGGCUUCGAAUUUGAGUGAGAUGACAGGCAACACCGGCACCCCUGGAUACAUGGCUCCUGAGGUAUUGGAGUCGAAACCAUAUGACAAGAAAUGCGACGUUUACAGCUUUGGAAUUUGCUUAUGGGAGAUCUGUUGCUGCCAAACGCCCUACUCUAACUAUUCAUUUUCAGAAUUAACUUCAGCUGUUGUGUAUAAAAAUUUAAGACCACAAAUACCUAAAAACUGUCCAAGCUCCUUGGCCAAAGUAAUGAAAAAAUGUUGGGAUGCAGAACCCAGCAAAAGGCCAGAAAUGCAUGAAGUUGUUACCAUGUUAGAGGCUAUUGACAACUCGAAACAUCCCCACGGUUGCUUCUGCUUCUCCAUGCGGGACAGUUGA